UCGGAGUGGAUUGACCACCGGGUCCGGAGGGUCCGAGCCAGGAGCGGAGCCUGCACCCUCCACCACCCGCCCUUCGGGAAAUAUCAGAACUGAGCCAAGAGGCAGGUGCAGUGGGAAAAAUGUAUCUGAGUCCCGCUUGACGAAAGAGAAACUGACUCACCAGCUUAGGGCCCGCAGGGUCAGCGGGCCUGAAGGGGGGCUGUGUCUGCCUGUGGUGCAGAGGGUUGGGUGGGCCGGUGUGAGCUGAGGUGGCCUCUGCCUGGAGAUUGGGCUCUCUGUUGUGUGUACACCUCUUGGCUCGGUUCCCCCGUGCUCCAUGACUCUCAUCUCCUGGCGUCUUCUCGUUGGUUUGGAAUUGCCCCUGUGGUUGGAGCCAUCUGAGUGUGUAGGGUCCAAGCCAAAGAGAAAGGGGAGGGGGCGCUGACCUGGGUCUGAAGAGGAGUCUGGGGUUUGGGGAGAUUCGCCUGAACUGCCUCCACCCCCUUGGUGCCAGUCAUCUUCAAGUAUAACAUGGGGGAGGAACACUAACAGAGGAGCCAUGGGCUUGUAAAUUCCCUGCCCAGCUUUGCCACUUGCUAGUUGUAAGACCUUGGGAAGGCUCUUCCUUUUGCUGAUUUCUCUUUGAGAAAAUCAGAACCCCAUAAAGAUAGUAAUAACGACUGUCAUUUGUUGUGUACUUACUUUGUGUCAAGCCGGGACACGUCCUGUUUAAUUCUCCCAACAGUUCUAGGGGUUAGGGAUCAUUAGUCCUGUUUUAUAAAUACGAAAACCAAAGCUCAGAGAGGACGUGUAAUUUGUGCAAGAUCACCCAGCUAAUAAGUGGCAGUGAUGGAAUUUCAUCCUAAGUCUAACUCCAGAACCUAUGGCCUUAACCACCAAGCUAACCAGCCUUUAGGGCACACUCCUCUGUGAGAGAAGAGGAAGGUGAGAAACCCAAGGCCCCAGCUCUCUGUUUUACCUUGCGGCCAGCAAAGACUCGCCCAGACCCAGCCCACACUGCUGUUGCCUCUGGGCCCCAGACUGGAGGGCCACUCAAAAAGUGGGCUCUGGCCCUUCCAAGCCUUCCAAGCUUUCCAAGUACAGUGCUUGGGUACUGGGCCCUGGGGUUGGCUUUCAUUGGUCUGUCCUCAAUGAGCAACCUCCGUCCUCAGUGAUGGACCAUGGGAGGCAGGGUCUCUUAAGCUCCACAGGCCUGGCUCCCCUGCAAGCUGGGGCAGUGAGGGGCAGUGACUUGAGACGGGCACAGUCAGUGCCUGGGGACGAGGGCUGUGCCAUGGGAAAGACAGGAGACUUGGAGUUCUGAAACUCUCUGAGCUCCGGGUUCCUCUUCUGUUACAGAGGUUGUUAAAACCUCUCGCAGGGAAAGCUGCUGCCGCUCACCCCGUGUCUUCUGGCCGCUUCUCUCUUUGCCGCCCCUCCCCACAAGCUCCCCCUCUCCGCCUCCUGGGGGCCAUCAUGAAUGGUGCCCCUUCCCCAGAGGAUGGGCCCUCGCCCUCCCCUCCCCCGUUACCCCCGCCGCCUCCCCCGAGUUGGCGGGAGUUCUGCGAGUCCCACGCCCGGGCGGCCGCCCUGGAUUUUGCCCGCCGUUUUCGCCUCUACCUGGCCUCUCACCCCCAGUACGCAGGGCCAGGGGCCGAGGCCGCCUUCUCCCGCCGUUUUGCCGAGCUCUUCCUGCAGCACUUUGAAGCGGAGGUGGCCCGGGCCUCCGGCUCCCUGUCGCCACCCCUCCUGGCUCCUCUGAGUCCUGGUGUGGAGGUCCCGCCACACGACCUGUCCCUUGAGAGCUGCAGGGCGGGCGGGCCCCUGGCUGUGCUGGGCCCUUCUCGAUCAUCUGAGGACCUGGCCGGCCCCCUCCCUUCCUCGGUCUCUUCCUCUUCUACGACCUCCUCGAAGCCGAAGCUCAAGAAGCGCUUCUCUCUCCGCUCAGUGGGUCGCUCGGUCCGCGGUUCGGUCCGCGGCAUCCUGCAGUGGCGGGGGACCGUUGACCCGCCCUCUCCAGCAGGGCCCCUGGAGACAGCUUCGGGGCCCCCAGCGUUAGGUGGGAACAGCAACUCCAACUCCUCUGGCGGGGCUGGGACUGUCAGCAGGGGACUGGUCAGCGACGGGACGUCCCCCGGGGACAGAUGGACUCACCGUUUCGAGAGGCUGAGACUCAGUCGGGGUGGGGGGUCCUUGAAGGAUGGUGCAGGCAUGGUGCAGCGGGAAGAGCUGUUGAGUUUCAUGGGGGCUGAAGAGGCUGCCCCUGACCCUGCAGGAGUGGGCCGGGGAGGAGGGGCAGCGGGGCCUACCUCAGGGGGAGGGGGUCAGCCUCAGUGGCAGAAGUGUCGCUUGCUGCUUCGAAGUGAAGGAGAAGGAGGAGGAAGUCGGCUGGAGUUCUUCGUACCCCCCAAGGCGUCUCGGCCUCGACUGAGCAUUCCCUGCUCCACCAUCACCGAUGUGCGGACGACCACAGCCCUGGAGAUGCCUGACCGGGAGAACACCUUUGUGGUUAAGGUGGAAGGCCCCUCGGAGUACAUCCUGGAGACAGCCGAUGCGCUACAUGUGAAGGCCUGGGUGUCUGACAUCCAAGAAUGCCUGAGCCCAGGACCCUACCCUGCUACCAGUCCCCGCCCCAUGACCCUCCCUCUGGCCCCCGGGACCUCCUUCCUGACAAGGGAGAAUACAGACAGCCUGGAGCCGCCCUGCCUGAACCACUCGGAGAGUCUGCCCAGCCAGGGCCUGCUGCUGGGACCCAGUGAGAGUAGCGACCGCCUUUCGCAGGGGGCCUACGGGGGCCUGUCAGACCGCCCCUCGGCAUCCAUCUCCCCCAGUUCCGCCUCCAUUGCCGCCUCCCAUUUUGACUCAAUGGAACUGCUUCCCCCAGAGUUGCCCCCACGGAUCCCCAUUGAAGAGGGACCCUCAGCAGGGACCGUUCAUCCCCUCGCAGCCCCUUACCCACCCCUGGACACUCCGGAAACAGCCACAGGGUCCUUACUGUUCCAAGGAGAGCCAGAGGGAGGCGAGGGGGACCAGCCCCUCUCAGGGUAUCCUUGGUUCCACGGGAUGCUCUCUCGACUCAAGGCCGCCCAGCUAGUGCUGGCUGGAGGCACUGGCUCCCACGGGGUUUUCCUGGUACGUCAGAGUGAGACAAGACGGGGUGAAUAUGUCCUCACUUUCAACUUCCAGGGCAAGGCCAAGCACCUGCGUCUGUCGCUGAAUGAGGAAGGUCAGUGCCGGGUCCAGCACCUGUGGUUCCAGUCCAUCUUUGAUAUGCUCGAGCAUUUCCGGAUGCACCCCAUUCCCCUGGAGUCUGGAGGCUCCAGUGACGUUGUCCUUGUCAGCUAUGUCGUGUCCUCCCAGCGACAGCAGGGUGAGCAGAGCAGGUCUGCAGGGGAGGAGGUGCCCGUGCACCCAAGAAGUGAGGAGGCCGGGAGCAGGCCGGGAGCCAUGCAGGGGUGUGCGAGGGAGAUCGAUGCUACCCCGAUGCCUCCUCCACCCUCAUGCCCUUCGGAGCGAGUGACUGUGUAACCGAGCACCUCCCAUGACCCACCCCAGCCCCCUGAACCCCCUUCAUGGACAGAUCCCCCACAUCCUGGGGCAGAAGAGGCGUCGGGGGCGCCAGAAGUGGCGGCAGCAGCAGCCGCAGCAGCCAAAGAGAGGCAAG